CAGAAUUAUUUAAAAGCUGUGACUUUUGAGAAACGUACCACUGUGUGUCUAUGUUUAUUGCAGAGUAAAAAGUAGUUUCAACUACUUCAAAUAUGAAGUUUGCUUUUGCAGUUCUCUGUACUGUCGCACUUUUGGCCGAAAACAACGUUCAAGGCCAAGGCUUCGGUCAAGGCUUCAGUCAAGGGGGUGGUCAACAAGGAGGCCAAGGGGGUGGUAUGGGAGGUGGCCAACAAGGAGGCCAAGGGGGUGGCAUGGGAGGUAGUUCGCAAGGAGGCCAAUGGGGUAGUUCGCAAGGAGGCCAAGGAGGUUUUUCACAAGGCGGUCAGAGCAGUCAGUCUGGUGGACAGGGAGGUGGACAAGGGGGUAGCCAAUCGAACUUUGGGGGUGGAUCUAGUGGAAGCGGAGGCUUUGGGGGUGGAUCUAAUGGAAGCGGAGGGUUUGGGGGUGGUAAUGGGGGAGGAUCUAGUGGAAGUGGAGGCUUUGGAGGUGGAAAUAGUGGUGGAUCUAAUGGAAGCGGUGGCUUUGGAGGUGGUAAUAGUGGAGGAUCUAGUGGAAGCGGAGGCUUUGGAGGUGGUAAUGGUGGAGGAUCUAGUGGAAACGGAGGCUUUGGAGGAAAUGGAGGUUUUGGUGGAGGAAGUGGUCGUAAAUAA